CUUACAAGGAAUUCAUUCCCACUAGACCACUACAAAUGUAUUGAUUAAAAAAGUGAGCUGGGUUAUUCUGAUUUGGAAAUCGAUGGACACGGUGUCCAGACAAACUGUAGUUUGUACAACCCUCACAUACACAAACAUUUACCACAUUCAAACUAGCUGAAUCAGUUUUACCUCAGCAGUUAUAACCGACCAGAUUCAAGCUUGUGGUCCUCUACGUUUUCCUCCAGGCACAUCACGUGACUCCAAAACAGCACUUUUUUUGGGGGGGGGACUUGCUCUCUUCCCUUGAUUGAGUACUUUUAAACACUUGCUAGUUAUCUGGAAACCUGGGAGGAUAACCAAAGUAACGUUUUACUUUAGAUUAUGUUGUUUUGCCAUUUUAAAAAACAUUAAAGAUGCACUUUAAGGCGAGAGGGUCAGAAUUCCUCCACAGUGUUGUGAGAGUCUUAUUACCAGUUAUCAUGUUUACAAGUCAGUUCUUUUUAGUCUGGUUUGUUUACAUUUUUUCUGCUCUGAAAUAUUUAAGUUAAAACAAACCCUAAGGGGGGAAAUAUUUUUAUCUCAGCAUUUUAGUUAUAUCUCUAACAAAACACUAUUGAGAAAAGAUAAUAAGGAUAAAGACCCAGUAAUAACUUUGUAAUAGUCUCUGGAUUUAAAUCUGUUUUAGAGAAAAAAACAACUCUGACUUGGCCAAUAAAGUUCAAGUAUCUAGUGUUUAAAAUAGGAUUCACAUCGUCUGACCACACUGUUCAACACACAGACAACUGUAUUUUCACCACAUAGCCUAGCAUGUCAUUAAUCUGCUUCAGAAGGAAGCCCCUAAAUCACCCUCUUCCUGGAUUACUUCAUCCUGCUGGUCAUUGGAGAGGAAAAGUUAAGUAAAAACCCAAAAGAUCACCAAGAAAACUGUUUAAUUAGACAUGAAACAGCAGCACACAUACGACACACACCAAUGCAAGCUCUGAAUCAGCUAACAAGCAGAUGAAAAUGUUUUAUACAAAGCUGAUGUGCAAAACGCAAUAAUCCCAAACCAUAUGGCCGAGCACAGCUAAAUCAAAACUAACCUUGAGUGAAGAUGUGCUCGGAGCAAGCGAAGGCAGCUCUUUCCACGCUGGGAGAGAUAAAGACUAAUAGAAGGCAGAUGUGGAAGUUAGAAGAUGUGCAGAGGCAGCAGAAGGCAGGACUGGAAGGAUAAAGAGGGCUUUCUGUGGAAUAACAGCAGGUGAAGUUCAGAGAAUAUGAACGUUACCCAUCAGAACAAAGUUAAACUAAAGCAAGACCAAAGCCAUAGCAAAACCCAUAAUAGUGGAAAAAAUCCCAUCAGCCAUGACACACGAUUGAAAACAGACCCUAAAGAUAACAACUCUGGAAGAUCCCGAAGAAAAGUGAUCCUAGUCUGAAUCCACAGUGAAAAAAGCUGACACGCCAUGAAUUACUGAGUGGACCCAUCAUUUUCCCUCUUUUAUUAUAUGUGUUGUUAAUCCGCAGAUAAAACCUACUUUGUUGUUUUAAAUUUUAAAAAGACAACCAAUCCCAGACGCUGAAGGUUACAGCUGAAGGGUGCUUUAAGCUAAAGUCAUCAUGGGUCGGUAACGCCACGUCUAUCAACAACUCCCAUCUUAAACAACAAAAAUACAACUAUUAUCUCAAACGACCUUCUAUAGAUGACACCAAACUCUUCAUAUAACGGAUAAUUAAACGUGGUCACCCAAAUCUAACUGCCUCCCGGAUCAUUGAAAAGCUGAUUUGAUGCUAACAGGGAAGCCCAGUGACUCUGAUUUUGGUUUGUUAUCAAUUCCUGACAUCGAUUUUCCCAUCGCUUCCUCUCAGCUAUAGCGUGGCAUUGAUUGGCUUCCACUGUUGACACGCUGCAGAGCAGUCCAGUGGUCUGUGCCAGGGUGGAGGGUUCAACACCGGCAAUUGCAGUCAGUGACGAUGAGAAGAGAGCUUGUUUUGUGGAAAUAUUAACCGUAACCCAUGACUGUUGAGAGGGAUGAAUAUCCGAGAGAUGGCUUAGAGAUCACGAUCAAUCUGACUGGAAUCAGGUAGGUUGUUUCAUUCACUUUCAUAAAAAAUUUGACCAAACUUCAAAACAAGAACCAUACUGAAGAAGCAAGUCACAGAGGUUUUUUUCCCCUAAUUUAGCAAUGUAAGAAUCAGCCAAAUUUAUUUUCAAAUUAAAAGCUCUUUAACUACUUUCUUCUAUAUAACUAAUAGUUGUGCAUUUCUGGUAAAGGCUUUUUGAAUCAGGCCGUGUGAAGGAUGAAGAACAAAGAAACCAUCAUGAACUCAAAUUUCUGUUCAUUUCCAACAUUUAGGAUGGAGCUGCUCAGUCCCUCCAAAGGGAAGGAUCGUCCUCAGAUGGUCACCGAGAAGGUCACGCAGGUACUAUCUUUAGAGCCUGAUGUACUCCCUGAAUAUAAACUCCAGGUGCCAGAAACAACAUGGUGGAUCAUGCUUCACUACAGCCCGUUCAAGGCAUUUUGGGACUGGAUCAUUCUCCUCCUGGUCCUCUACACCGCCGUUUUCACUCCCUACUCUGCUGCCUUCCUCUUGGACGAACAUGGGGAUUUGAGACAGAGGAGAUGUGGCUAUACGUGUAACCCUCUGAAUGUAGCAGACCUCAUGGUGGAUGUGCUAUUCAUUGUGGACAUAGUCAUCAACUUUCGUACUACGUAUGUCGACCAAAAUGACGUGGUGGUCACACAGCCAAGCUGGAUAGCCAAGCAUUACAUCAAAGGCUGGUUCCCUAUUGAUCUGUUUGCAGCAAUCCCUUUUGACCUUCUCAUCUUCAGAUCUGGAUCUGAUGAGAUGGCAACCUUGACAAGCCUUCUUAAAACAGCUCGGCUGUUGAGACUGGUCCGUGUGGCGAGAAAACUGGACCGAUAUUCUGAGUAUGGAGCUGCUGUCCUCUUCUUGCUCAUGUGUACGUUUGUUCUCAUCGCCCAUUGGCUCGCCUGUAUUUGGUACGCCAUUGGCUUUGUGGAGAGACCAUACACAGAGACUGGUUGGUUGGACAACCUUGCUGAACAGCUGGGGAAAGCGUACAACGAUAGUGACUCCACCUCUGGUCCAUCAGUCAAAGACAAAUAUGGCACUGCUCUGUACUUCACUUUGAGCAGUUUGACCAGUGUGGGGUUUGGCAACGUCUCUCCAAACACCAACUCUGAGAAGAUCUUCUCCAUCUGCGUCAUGGUCAUUGGAUCUCUUAUGUAUGCCAGUAUAUUUGGGAAUGUGUCUGCCAUCAUCCAGCGGCUGUACUCUGGUACAACCCGGUACCACACCCAAAUGCUGCGAGUCAAAGAGUUCAUUCGCUUCCACCAAAUUCCAGGCAGCCUUCGCCAAAGACUGGAGGAAUACUUUCAGCAUGCCUGGUCCUACACAAACGGCAUAGACAUGAAUGCUGUGCUGAGGGGAUUUCCAGAGUCAAUGCAGGCCGAUAUCUGUUUGCAUCUGAACCGGUCUUUGCUACAAAACUGCAAGGCGUUCCGUGGAGGCAACCAGGCAUGUCUGCGUUCCUUAGCCAUGAGGAUAAAGACAGUCCAUGUUCCUCCAGGGGACACUUUGAUCCACAAUGGAGACAUCCUGGACUCGCUCUUCUUCAUCUCACGUGGAUCCAUCCAAGUUGUGAGGGAUUAUGUGGUGGUAGCCAUGCUAGAAAAGAACGACAUCUUUGGUGAACUUAUCCACCUGUAUGAUGAACCAGGAAGGUCCAAUUCAGACGUGUACACAGUGACUUAUUGUGACCUGCACCGAAUCCCAAGGGAAGACCUGCUUGAGGUUCUUGAUAUUUACCCGAGAUUUGCUGACAACUUCUGGAGGAACCUGGAGAUCACUUUUGACCUGCGAGAUACUGAUCAAGUACCACCAAUAACAACGGAUGAUUCAGGGGACGACUGUGAAUAUCGCCAUAAACCAAAACACAGAAUUCACUCCCUUGACUGCAGGAUACGGCCAGAUGGGAUCGAUCACGAAGACACGUACCCCCUUCAGUCCUGCCAUCACUCACGUCCUCAGGCUGACUGGGAGGACCUCUGGAGCUGUGGGUCUUCCUGUUGUCAGUCAAGUGAGGGCCUUGCAAAGCCUCUUGCUCACAGUGCCAGAGUAGAGUUAUACUCUUCAGAGGAAAUCAGACAGGUGCCAGUGCUGCCUCAGAGUGGAGCCUCAGUGGGAAGGGAUGUGGUUUUGGACCAGGGCCACAAAGACUCAUCUUUGAAUGUACCAGGAUUGUGUCGAUGCUUGCGAGACCAACAGCCACAGCAGUUUUCCCGUCACGCCUUGCAAUCUUCUUCUUUCUGCAACUCAGACCACCCUUUGAAAAGCACAGAUCGACCCAGUGAGCUUGAGUCUCAACUCGAAGACCUACACUCACAGCUCAACAGGCUGGAAACUCGUAUGACAGCCGACAUCAACGUUAUUCUGCAGCUUCUCCAAAGGCAAAUGGCUUUUACACCUCCUGCUUACAGCACCGUAUCUCCUGACACCCUUCCUACUGAAUCUGCUGGUCUGUAUGUGGUUCAGGCUCCAGUGCUGCACAACAUGUAUCAAACCCCCCCCAUCCAGAUGGACAGCAGUACACCCAAACAGGUAUGAACAAAGUUUAAGACACAUAAAAUUUUGAAAUCAGUGACAGCCACCCUUAAAUGUUCCUUCCUUUCCUUUCUCUACGUCAGUGUUUGGAGCACACAGAUCCUAAAUCAUCCAAGACAUCCCAGGAGUCCCUGUACAGCGGCAUCCACACGACAGCAGCGUCUGACGACACAAUUUUUGUGACUGUGACCCCUAAAACCGACACUCAUCCAGGUUUCACUUCACCGCUGCCCCAGCAGUCAGUCAAAUCAGCUGUAAAGGCUGACUCCAGGCUGUGCAAGAAGCUCCGCUGUCCCUCAUUACCGGUGGACCUCAACCUCACCUCAGUACAGACUAGGAUCCAGAAACACAUCUCAGACCCAGUGUUUCCCAUCACCUGAUCGCCAAUGUGACGUAUAAACAAGUACUUCUAAACUACAGCACUCGGCAUGAAGGAGUACACUCCAAUAAAUGUCAGAGAAACAUUUUCUUUGGGACACUAAACCACAAAAUAAGAAUGACAUUGAUUUUAAAUGAGGUUUGCUCAUUUGC